AGACGCAGUCAUCACCAGCAGGAUGCUUGCAGAGAUGUCCUGCAGGGCGCACCGUGCACGCAUCUUCGUGUGCCUGAGAGAGCGAGGAGCUUGUGGGACGGGCAACGAGGGAGAAAAAACUCCGGCCCCAUCUACUCCUCCACCUCUCUUUUAAUGAGCAGCUCCGAUCAUGCAGGAGUAAAAAAAAAAAAGGUCCAGGUGGAAGCUUGGCUCGCUUGCAUCGAGACGUCAAACUGGUUGUGCGCAAGGAUUUUACAUCGGUGCAGCGGGAUUACUUUAAGUCAUCGGGAGCAUUCCAAGGAUAGUUGGCCCACUGAACCAACACACCACCAUUACGAUGAGGACGUCAGUGACUACCGUCUGCCUUAUGCUCCUGCUGUCUUGCGCUUGUCAGGCCAAGCCCAACGGACCGAAGAGCAAGAAACCCAAGCAAGUCGUACCGGCCAUCGAGUGUGACGUCAGAGCGGGAAAGAUCAGCCUGCCAGAAUUCAUAGUCAAAUGCCCCGCACAAUGUAGGGAGACCAAGCAGCAGGUGUACGGCACAGGUGUGUUUGCCUCCAUCUCCAGCAUCUGCAAUGCCGCCAUCCACAGUGGCGUUAUCACCAAUUCAGGGGGAAAAGUCAUUGUAAGGAAAAUGGCGGGUCAGAACAUGUACAAAGGCAGCAAUUCCAACGGUGUGCGCUCUCUGUCACUUCCUAAAUGGAGAGAAUCCUUUGUUGUCACAGAGGGGAAGCCCAAGAAAGGAGUCAUCUACCCUUCUACCCUUGACUUUGUUCCUUCAAGACCAACCUAUGUGAAGACGAGUCAAAAGGACAAAGCCCCCGCGGUUACCACAACGCUUCCUCUAACAACAACAACAGCACCUGAAACCGCCACAACGAUGACGACACCUGAACCUACAACCACCACCACCACCACCCAGUCUCCCGCUACCACCACACCCCUUCCGCCACCACCACCCACCACUGUCAAAGCUCGUGCUGUGGUGCACAGAGUCAGAGACGCAGGUAGCAGUCACCCGUACCUUGCCUCUGUAGCAGCUGCCAGUUCAAGACAAUCGCAGAGUGCUCAAGGCAAGAGCCCCAGCCAAGUAUUCCGAGGAAGUGCCUAUCCGAAUAGAUUCCCGCAGCGUGCCAGUGCAGGUCUGCGCAGAGCUGAGGCCGGGCCAGCAAUGAGGAGACAGUCAGCCUCUCCAGUCGGACCAGCUUUUAACAGAGGUCAGGCGACACAACAGGAGCGAACUCCAAUCGUGAGCCAGUCCAAUCCUGUUUUUCCUAGGAGGGACUGGGGCACUCCGUCCUUCCCUCGUCCUGAGUGGUUCCCUGGAGCCAGACGAUCAUCAGAUGUUAUUUAUCCAGCUCCAGACUCAGGAUACGGUUGGAGUGACUCGGACACACCAGAUGUGACAGCUCAGGAUCACAGGCCCGAUAUAUCAGACUUUGAGCGCUGGUAUUAUAACUUUGGAUCAUACCUGUCCCGAUCCACUGACUUGGAGGGCAACCGCCAUGCGCCGCUGGAUACAACCCACACAAGAGUGGAGACAGUGGAUGCCUGGAGACCAGAUGCAAACCUUUACGAAUCAGGCUUUAACGUAAGAGAGCAGGCACCUGCUGCAACAAGAGCACCUGAACCUGUGCCACAGGGAGACUCAGACUGCAAGGUGGACUUGGUCUUCCUGAUGGACGGCAGCUGGAGCAUCGGGAAGCGUCGUUUUAAGAUCCAGAAGGACUUCCUGGCCGAGGUGGCUCAGGUCAUCAACGUUGGCGUGGCUGGACCCAUGAUGGGCGUCAUCCAAUACGGCGACGACCCCGUGACAGAGAUCAGCCUGAAGAGCUACGCUACCUCCAGGGACGUGAAGUCGAGCGUCGCUAAGAUUGUGCAGAAGGGAGGCCUCUCCAAUGUGGGGAAGGCCCUGUCCUACAUCAACACCUUCUACUUCAGUGACGCCAACGGGAACCGAGGAGGAGCUCCCAACGUGGCCGUGGUGCUGGUGGACGGCUGGCCCACGGACAAGGUGGAAGAGGCGUCCCGGAUGGCGAGGGAGUCCGGCAUCAACAUCUUCUUUGUCACCAUUGAGGGUCCCGACGACAACGAGAAGCAAAACCUGGUGGAGGCCAAUUUUGUAGACAAGGCCGUGUGUCGCACCAACGGCUUCUUCUCCAUGCCCGUGUCCAGCUGGUUCGCUCUGAGGAAAGCCGUGCAGCCUCUGGUGAAGCGCGUGUGCGACACCGACCGACUGGUGUGCAGCAAAACCUGCCUCAACGCCAACGACAUCGCCUUCGUCAUCGACGGCUCCAGCAGCGUGGGCACGGGCAACUUCCGCACCGUGCUGCAGUUCGUGGCCAACAUCACGCGGGAGUUCGAGAUCUCGGACACGGACACGCGAGUGGGCGCCGUGCAGUACACCUACGAGCAGAGGCUGGAGUUCGCCUUCGGUCAGCACAACAACAAGGCCGAGCUGCUGGACGCCAUCAAACGCAUCGACUACUGGAGCGGCGGCACCAGCACGGGGGCCGCCAUCACGUACGCCGCCCAGCAACUCUUCAGCAAGUCCAAACCCAACAAACGCAAGAUAAUGAUCGUUAUCACGGACGGACGCUCCUACGAUGACGUCAGAGCACCUGCACUGGCUGUCCAAAGUCAAGGCGUGAUCGCCUACUCCGUGGGCAUCGCCUGGGCGGCCCAGGAUGAGUUGGAGUACAUCGCCACCGACCCCGACAAGGAGCACUCCUUCUUUGUGGACGAGUUUGACAACCUCUACAAAUUUGUGUCCAAGAUCACCCAAAACAUCUGCCGCGAGUUCAACUCCCAGCCCAGAAACUGAGCGGCAGUUGGUAUUACGGAACACUGACUGUAAGUCUACUCUUUCUGCCGGCACAUGUGCCACAGAGGCCGCCGCCCCGCUUGUGUUUGAACAAGGAGGGAUGUUCAUUUACGUGAUGAUUCCCACAGAAAUGAUCUUUAAGAAUCAGUGUUAGCUCCUAAAAAAAUCUAGCAGCGGUGCUGAUGAGAAAGAGACUGGACCUCAGUAAUGUUUAUGUGCUUGUAGUUCUCUUUUGAGUAUCCUCUUUUUUUUUUUCUAGAUUUGUUUUGUUGUAUUUUUUAUUUGUAUUUUUUUUUUUUUAAUUGUAUUGUAUUUUUAUACUUCAUUUUUAUUAAUCCUAAUCCCUUUAACGCAUGACAUUUUGUACCACUCUCUACCCAGCCUUUUAUGAACAGUCCGAAUGGUUUCUUCCAAAUCAAAACAAUAAUUCAGGUUGCCAGAUCCUCCGAGCUUCAUCCUAUUAUGGCAAUAACAUAAUUAUGACAUGAUUGCGAUAUCUAUCCACUAUAAGAAGUAGAUUUUUAAACGUUUAAAUGGACAGAUUCACUUUGCUCAGACCUAAAGGAGUAUUAAAGGAACAUUUUUUUGGGGGGCAAGCUCUAGCUGAAAAUAAAAUAAUGAAUAAGCUUGUCGUCAUGACGGCAACAAGCAGCGUCGAGCACACAACAGUAGUCUGACUGCACACAUAACCGGCAAGUAAACACACAACACUACCGUUAAAUGUUUGCACAAAACAAACCACUAAGGGUUAACGACAAACACGCACAAAAAAAAAAACAACCGCUAAUAACAAAAUGCCUCAAGACUUUCUGGGUACUCAAGUGGCAAUUCUUGAUCUGCCAGAGCACAAGAAGACGUAGCAGGAGGAAUCACUGUUGCAAACUUAGCGUGCAUUCUGACACCCUAGUUGACACCCAGCAAUGUUAAUAUUUGGUUACAUGUCCCUUGGCAAGUUU